AUGGCGCUUCGUAGAACAUUUGCGAACCGCCUCUUCAACGCCACCAACAGAGAAUCUUCCAAACCAUCAAAUGCUGUCAAAGCCCACUUCCACCGUGAGUUCAUUACAUCUCCAGACUCCGCCGCCACAGGUUUUUUCCGCCGCUUCCUCCAGCGCAGAGCCAUCAAUAACCACUCCUCUCCCACCAACCUUCCCUACUUCCUCACUCUCCCCGUCGGUGACAAGCUUCGAGAGAAGUUGAAAUCAUUGAACAUACCCGGCGAUCACCGCCUCCGCCUUGACGGGCUGAGCCCGCCUCUACAUCCACCGGCGGAGGACGAUGAGUUUGGUGUGAGUGUGAAGGAUGUGAAGAGAGUUCAUAGGUUUGUGCAGUUGGAGAAGGUCAAGGAAAGGCUGAGUAAUAUUCCGACGAGUACAAUUCCGUACGGCGAGUUUGUACGGGUCUGCGAUGACGUGUGUGGAAGUAGAGAACUGGGAAUGGAAUUUUCCAAGGCCUUGGAUGAUUCUGGAAACGUCAUCGUUUUAGGCAACGUUGUUUUCCUCAGGCCAGAUCAGGUGGCAAAAUCAAUGGAGACAAUAAUUUCCCAAUCAAUAGCCAUGCCAAACGACCCAAGAAGGAAAGAACUGGACCAGCUGGAACUGCAGAAGAGCUUGAUUGACCAAAAAGCCCAAUCUCUUGUUCGUAGUGAACUCUAUUGUGGGCUGGGCUUUUUAGUCAUCCAAACAUUGAGCUUUAUGGGGCUUACUUGGGAAUUUGGUUGGGAUGUGAUGGAGCCCAUUUGCUUCUUUGUCACCUCUCUCCACUUUGCGCUUGCCUACGCAUUCUUUUUGAGGACAUCAAAAGAGCCCACUUUUGAAGGCUACUUUCGUCGACGGUUCAAAGUUAAGCAACAGAAACUUAUGAAAAGUCACAACUUUGAUAUUGAGAAGUAUCAUAAGCUAUGUGAAGCCUUUUAUCCUAACUACUCGAAAUGA